AUGUCGGAACUGCUCAUCGAGUUUAGACGACUGAGAUUUGAGGGGCUCAUCAGCAUCAGAUGGACUAGUACCCUGAUUUUGAACUGGACAUCCCUACAGGCCCUGCUUGGAGGAGUUAACAAAUACUCCACCAUGUUUGGCCGUGUCUGGCUAUAUGUGGUGAUUGUGCUGCGAAUUCUGGUGUAUGUGGUGGCUGUUCAACAGGUGUGGGAUGAUGAUUGGCAAGAAUUCAUCUGCGUCACCAGGCAAACAGGCUGUACUAAUGUCUGCUACGACCAUUUUUUCCCCAUCUCUCCCAUCCGUCUAUGGGCUCUCCAGAUUAUUCUUGUCACAAGCCCGUCUCUCAUGGUGGUGGCUCACACCAAAUAUCGUGAAAUGAAGGACAAGAAGUACACCACUACCCACCAGGGUAAACACCUGCAUGCCGCCCCAGGGAAGAAGUGUGGAGGGCUGUGGUACACCUACAUGCUCAGCCUGGUGUUGAGAGCAGGCUUUGAUGCAGGCUUCCUCUACAUUUUGUACAUAAUUUAUCAUUUUGAGAUGUUCAGCCGAGUUGUUAAAUGCAAUGUGUCACCUUGUCUAAAUACAGUUGACUGCUACAUCUCCCGUCCUACAGAGAAGACAAUCUUCAUCUUCUAUAUGGUUGUCACCUCUUCGAUAUGCAUCUUCAUGUGUAUCUGUGAGAUAUUCUACCUAAUUAACAAAAAAGUUUGCACGUACAAAAGAAAACAGCAAAACCAGAAAACGGUCAAUUACAGGAUGGAUCCAUUAAGGGUGGAUCCAAAAGCCUCAUCCAACCAGAACAUCAGUAAUGUGCACACAGUGAUUGUGGACUGA